UGAAAGAGACAAUAUGUCUACAUCUGUGUGUUAUAAGUGUGACAAGCCAGGUCACUUUGCUCGUGAAUGCCCCGAGGGAGGUGGACAGCAGAGGGAGGUUAUUUGUUACAGAUGUGAUAAACCUGGACAUUUUGCCAGGGAUUGUCCUGAGGAGAAGGAGGAGAAGGGUGAGAAUGGAGAGCAUGAAGAGGAGAGAGGAGAACGUGAGGAGAGACGAGGUGGAGGCCGAGGAGGACGUGGUGGACGAGGAGGACGAGGAGGCCGAGGAGGAGGAGAAAGGAAGGAUACUCGGCAGAGGGAGUACGGAAGCGGAGGAGGGUUGAAGUGCUACAAGUGCAACAGAUACGGGCACUUUGCGAGGGAGUGCAAGGAGGAGGAGGAUAGGUGCUACAGGUGCCAUGGUACCGGGCAUAUAUCCCGUAACUGUACCCAGGACGGUGACCAGCCGACCUGUUACAACUGUAACAAGAUCGGUCACAUUAUCAAGGACUGCCCCAGUGCUGGAACUAAGACCUGCUACAAGUGUGGAGGCAUCGGGCACAUCCUCAAGGAUUGCCCCAGCGCAGCGGCUAGAGCAUAAUACAGACGAGUUUAUGUAAAGAGUGCAGUCCAGGAGAAAGAUCAUCGUGGAAAAUUCAUUCUUCUCUCAGGCUCAAUUUAACAUAUGUACUGUUUACAUCCUUCAUACUGCCCAUAUUUCAUCAACUAGCGUUCCGUCUUCUCUGUUUUGAUGGAAAUCCAGUAGACCAGUUCCCAUCGUUCUAGAAAAAUUCUCAGUGUUCCAUUCACCCCUCUUCUCCGUUCCUUAAAUUCUAUAAAGAACAUAAACCUGUGCGUUUUUUAUGUAAAAAAAAGCUUUAAGAACGUAAUUGUUAAAAAAAUUUAAUAUUAUGCAUCACAUAGUGAGGAAAUGACAUCAAUUUACGCAUGAAAUUAUAACAUUUUAAAUUUACUGCUCGAACAAAAAAUGAUUAACUGCUAAAAUUUAAAAUCCUUGAACAAUCAAUCAAAACUGGAAAUUUUUCUAUCAACUAUCAAUUAAGAUAUUUAAACAAAUUUGAAAAUAAAUCCGAUUUAUUUUUCUUCAGAUUCAAGGAAAAAAAAUUUCAAUAGAAAUGGAGAUUAGUGAAAGCCGCAACUACAAGUAAUACAAAUGGAUUGUAGAAAACAUGGAAUGAAAUUCCUUUUUCACAAAUGAGAAAAAACGUAUGAAAUGAUAAACACAACCAGACCAUGAAGUACUGCAACUGUUCGCACAUUUUGAACUUUGUUACAGUACAAUAUAUUAUGGUAACUGUACCUCUAUGUGGAAUUGACUUGCUUCGCUUAACCAAAUACACUACGUUUAAAAAAA